AGAAAGCAAAACCAAGGUCCAAACAUGGUCGGACCCAACGCAUAUGGUUACGUCUUCUUUCAAACAGCCUGCUGUGCUAUUACGCCUAUUGGCUAUUAGUAUUAACUUCUCAUCCUCUCUCUUCAUAAUUCUCUUCCUUCCUAGAUUAUAUGAAUCUAAAUUAUAUUCUCUAUUCCUUUCUUUAAUCAUUUCUUCUUUCACUAAAUUUCGGAGUUUUUUAGUAGAAAAGUUUUUUCUUUCACAUGGAAGUUCUUUUAUACCAUUCAGCACCUUCUCCUGUGAGGCUACGUUUAGCUGAGAAAAAAACAAGUUCACAAAGCUUGCUGCCUUCUGCAGGGGAAAAGACGCAAGUUUUAUUUAGCUUAAGUAGUAGUAGUUCUUCAAGUGUCUACUCUAGGAAGCAUUAUUUAGUUAACAAUACCUAUCAACAAGAUGUUGCUGGGUCACUCAACUCCAUUAGAAGUCACCGGGUUUCUCCAAUAAGAGCCUUCAAUGAAAGUUUUAGUGGUACUGUGCUUGGUGGGGAACAAAGUUUAGAGGAUGUGUCUGAUAGUGCAGAUUCAGUGCCAAAGGUUCAGAUCCCAGGGUUGCCAGAUGAAUCGAAAGGUGAAUCAAGCGCUCCUAUUAGUAGCUGUUAUUGGGAAUGGAAGCCCAAGCUUAAUGUACAUUAUGCGAAAGCUGGAAGUCAGAAUGUGAAUUCCCCACCUCUGCUCUUUCUUCCAGGAUUUGGUGUGGGCAGCUUUCACUAUGAAAAGCAGCUGAAGGAUUUAGGGCGUGAUUAUAGAGUAUGGGCUCUGGAUUUUCUUGGCCAAGGCAAGUCUUUGCCCGUUGAAGAUCCUGCUCCUUUGUUGAAGGAAGCCAGUCCCUCCGAACAGAAGGAUAAAGCAUGGGGCUUUGGAGAGAAAGCUGAACCAUGGGCAGAGAAACUUGUUUACUCUGUUGAUCUGUGGAAGGAUCAAGUGCAGUACUUCAUUGAGCAGGUCAUUGGUGAACCAGUUUAUGUUGUUGGGAACUCACUUGGAGGAUACGUGGCAACCUAUUUUGCGGCAAGUAACCCCGAGUUGGUAAAGGGUGUUACCCUGCUUAAUGCAACACCUUUCUGGGGUUUUCUUCCUAAUUCCUCAAAAUCUCCUUUACUAGCUAAGAUGUUUCCUUGGGCUGGAACUUUUCCUCUACCUCCCAAUGUAACAAAGUUCAUGGACAUAGUUUGGCAGAAAAUGAGUGAUCCGGAAACUAUAGCAGAAUUACUGAGGCAGGUUUAUGCUGACCACACAACAGAUGUUAAUAAGGUAUUUUCCAAGAUCGUUGAGGUAACAGAGCAUCCCGCUGCUGCUGCUGCAUUUGCCUCAAUCAUGUGUGCCCCCACUGGUCAAUUUUCUUUCAAUGAGUCUCUAUCAAGAUGUCGAGAAAGCAAUGUUCCUGUUUGCCUCAUGUAUGGAAAGGAAGAUCCAUGGGUGAAGCCCAUUUGGGGCCAACAGGUGAAGAAGCAACUUCCAGAUGCUCCAUAUUAUGAGAUAAGCCCUGCAGGUCAUUGUCCUCAUGAUGAAGUUCCUGAGGUAGUGAACUAUUUACUGCGUGGUUGGAUCAAAAGCCUAGAAUCCAACAGCUCUGUCACAUUGCCUCUGCUCAAUGAUGCGGAAGCACAGGCCAAAAAAUACGAUCUCACCAAGGAUGUGGAGUUCGUCAGAGAAGGAUCGGAAAAAUUGGUAAGAGUGCGGUUCUUUGGCUCACAGUUUUCGCUUUGGAAAUUAUUAAAGUCUCAGAUCAAAGUUCGCUUACAGAAAGUAGGUAUGAACCCUCGAUGACAAACCUGUGUAAGUAUUACAGCUGCGACCCCAUUGUAGAUAUGCAAUCUCCCUUAUUCUGUUAUUGAACGUACAAGGUGUGUAGUAGAACUGUUGAUGCCUGUGAAAUUCAUAGUCUCAUCCAGAUUUAUCUGCCUAGUGUGAAGUAUCUAGGGAGUAGGAAGCUUAGAUUUGUAACCUAUCCUUGUUAAAAGGACAAUUAUGUAAUUAUGUUGUCCUAUUGUAAUUUGUAAGAAGGUGGCAAAAUUCACAUGUUCUAAAUUCAUUUCCAUGAUUUGGGCAUAUCACCUAAUGAAAUGGGUCUAUUAUUGCUUGA